AUGAUUUCAAGCCUCACCAUCGCCGUUGUCCUCCUCGCAGUGCUCGGAAUAGGCGCCAUCGGCGUGGCCUUCAUCUUCAAAUGGAGAACAGAAGUCAGACGGAACCUACGCCUACAACGAGAAGGGACACGACAGAGAGAUGCCCAUGCCAUCGCAGCCCAGCUCUUAUCAGCAAGGGGAGAACGGGGAAGAAGAACAAGGUCAAGAUCAGCGGCUCCAAGACCGUCAAUACAAAAUAGAACGAGACGAAGCUCGCGACGGGUCUCACCCAUCGGCCGAUAUGUACAGAGAAACGAGGUCAGAAAGUCUACGACAAGGACAGAGAAUACUGUGCAGCAGCAGCAACGGCAAAAGCCAUCAACUCCCCCACCUCCUCCUGCUGGUGCUCCUCCCUCAUCUCCUGUUCAACCGGCAGCGCCGCCGUCCUCUCCUCCUAAACCUUCUACUCCAGUAGCAGGAGCGACAAAUGAUGAAUGGCAGAAUAGCGAUGGACAGCCGAAUACGCAGGAAUCUCAGGGACAAGCAGAAGGACAAUAUGACCCGUGGGGGGCGAGUGAUGCAGCACAAGCGCAGAACUCACAGGGACAAACUGAGGGCGGAUGGCAAGCCAGUGACGCUUUCGCUCCUGCACAAGACACCCAGGGAGAAUGGUCAGGGGACGGGAAAGCUGGCGACGGUGCAACUACGAAGGCGACUGAGGAAGCAAAGCCAACAGAACCAGAGGGUAACUGGUAG